AUGGCAAGCCUCUGCGUUUUGCCCGAUCACCUCCUGUUGGAUAUCUUGUCUCUUGUCCCUAUGGGCGACCUGAUUCGAAACUGCCGUCCAGUCUGCUCCCGCUGGCGGGACCUGGUGGACUUGCCGGUUCUCUGGAAGCGGCUCUUCCGGAGGAAGGACAACAACCAACGUGUGCCAGUUGUGCCGCGUGAUAUAAAGGCCUACUACAUUUUGGGCCGCCUGGAGAAGAAUUUGAUCAAGAACCCCUUUGGAGAAGAUGGCUUGGACUAUUGGACAACCAAGACUGUUGGAGAGGCCCAAUGGAAAAUUCAGGAAGUGUCUGAAAAGGCCUCACUGCGACUUGGAAUGAGGGACUUUCCUCUGCGGAACCGCCCUGUGGAUGAUGGGCCCUGUCUUCAGGUUAAAAAAUGCUUUGCUGCUUGUGAUGGGCUCUGCGCCAAGUCUCAGUUCAUCAUCUUGAAGGACGAAGGCUACUGGGAUGAGCUGAUAGACAGGGUCAAACCCACCGUUGUGGUGAGCGAUUGUUUUUACUACACCAAAGGCACCCAAUACCAGCUGCUGGUACAGCUGUUAUCAGCAGACUUCAAGGUCCUAAGAGAGCGGUGUUCUGAAGACUUGUUCAUGAAUGGAUCUAAACAUGGAAGGUGGCGAGAGGUUUGUUACUCCAUCUUUGGCUGCCCUCCUGGUGUCCGCUACAUCUACUUUGAACACCGAGGCCAAAAUGUCAAUGAACGUAACCAUAAAGGUGUGCGCAUAACUAACACCAGCAUCACCCUUAAGUUUACUUACACUGUUGGUCAACGGAACUGA